AAGGAGCAAAUUGAAGAAAUAAAGCGAUCUGAUCUGCUAGAGCAGCUUCUCCUCGAGUUGGCAGGUGAGGUUCCCGCUCUCAGUCAGGUUGUGUUGACGGAGCGCGAUCUCUUCUUGGCUCGGUCAAUCUGGGAUCAAACUGGUCUUCCGGAAGCACUUGCUCUUGGUGUUCCGGUCUCUAUGCUACGAUCUCGUAUCACCACCUAUGCAAAAUCAGCCACCGCCGCAAUUAACAUCAAGGCAAACGGUCCAGUCGACUUGGUUUCGGCACCCAGUGAAGCUGCCCAAGAUGCUAUCAUUCACAUCAGAGCAGAGGAGACUGAGGACUUGGAUUGUAAUGGUGUGGUGAAACAGCGACAAAUCAAUUUAUCAAAUCUGACCCUCGAUUCUACCCAGCCUCCUGCAAACUCUUCCACCACUCCUCUCACAUCCUUGUCUGGAGAUAUCACGCAUUCCGUCACUUCAUUACCGUUGCCGUUGCUUGAUCAAGUGUCUUGGCCACCUAGCCAUUGUUGCAUGGCCUGGCUGCCCUCCGACCAACUGUCUCGAGUAGUAGUUGCCGUGGUCGGUAUUGCUCAUGUUGCUGGCAUUCUGCGAGCCUGGGACUCAGCCUCCGAAAUCGACAGAUCAAAGCUUUCAAUGUAG